AGCCGCGGCCGCCGGAGAGAGACUGGAGGCACCACCCCGGAGCGGAGAAACCAGUUUGGCCGGUCCGGGGGUGCGGAGGGAAAAGGGUGGCCGCCGAGGACCGGCGCACGGACGCGGGGCGGGGGAAGGCGGGGAGCCAUUGGCGAGAGGCGAGAGCGAGAGGAGCCGCCGCCAACUGGACACGCUUCUCGGGGCCCCGGGCCAGCCCCCGUGCGCCAUGAAGCGCUAGCGCGGCCGCCGGGGCUGAGGCCAGGCGGUGGCGGCGGCGGCCAGGUGCGCAGCGAGCGCGCGGAAGGGCGAGCACCCGGCGGAUGUCCCAGCCGGGGCCAGAGAGCGCCAGGUGGUUCCAGUUUGCCAGUAGCAUGAAUUCAGAAAGAGACUCAGAAACGACCUUUGAGGAGGAUUCUCAGCCUAAUGAUGAAGUGGUUCCCUACAGUGAUGAUGAAACGGAAGAUGAGCUUGACGACCAGGGGCCUGCGGUCGAACCAGAACAGAACCGGGUCAACAGAGAAGCUGAGGAAACCCGGGAGACCCUCCGAAAAGAUUGUACGUGGCAAGUCAAAGCAAAUGAUCGAAGCUUCCAUGAACAACCUCACUUCAUGAAAACAAGGUUCUUUUGUAUUAAGGAGAGCAAGUAUGCGAAUAAUGCAAUUAAAACAUACAAGUAUAAUGCGUUGUCCUUUCUACCGAUGAAUUUGUUUGAGCAAUUUAAGAGAGCAGCCAAUUUCUAUUUCCUGAUCCUUCUUAUCUUACAGGCAAUCCCUCAAAUCUCGACCCUGGCAUGGUAUACCACCCUGUUUCCCUUGCUCGUGGUGCUGGGCAUCACGGCCAUCAAAGACCUGGUGGACGACGUGGCUCGCCAUAAAAUGGAUAAUGAAAUCAAUAAUAGGACAUGUGAAGUCAUUAAGGAUGGCAGAUUCAAAGUUGCCAAGUGGAAAGAGAUUCAAGUUGGAGAUGUCAUUCGUCUGAAAAAAAAUGAUUUUAUUCCGGCUGACAUCCUCCUGCUGUCCAGCUCUGAGCCCAACAGCCUCUGCUAUGUUGAAACAGCUGAACUGGAUGGAGAAACCAAUCUAAAGUUCAAAAUGGCGCUUGAAAUCACACACCAGUAUCUCCAAAGAGAAAAUUCACUGACGACAUUUGAUGGUUUUAUUGAAUGUGAAGAACCCAAUAAUCGGCUAGAUAAGUUUACAGGAACACUGUUUUGGAGAAACAGAAGUUUUCCUCUGGAUGCAGAUAAAAUUUUGUUACGUGGCUGUGUAAUUAGGAACACGGAUUUCUGCCAUGGAUUGGUCAUUUUUGCAGGUGCUGACACUAAAAUAAUGAAGAAUAGUGGGAAAACCAGAUUUAAAAGAACUAAAAUUGAUUACUUGAUGAACUACAUGGUUUAUACGAUCUUUGUUGUUCUCAUCCUGGUUUCUGCGGGUCUUGCCAUUGGCCAUGCUUACUGGGAAGCUCAAGUUGGCAAUUAUUCUUGGUACCUCUAUGAUGGAGAAGACUAUACACCCUCCUACCGUGGAUUCCUCAAUUUCUGGGGCUACAUCAUUAUUCUAAACACCAUGGUGCCCAUCUCUCUCUAUGUCAGUGUGGAAGUGAUCCGUCUUGGACAGAGUUACUUCAUAAACUGGGACCUGCAGAUGUACUAUCCUGAGAAGGACACGCCCGCAAAGGCGAGAACCACCACGCUGAACGAGCAGCUCGGCCAGAUCCAUUACGUGUUCUCAGAUAAGACAGGGACGCUCACGCAAAAUAUCAUGACCUUUAAGAAGUGCUGCAUCAAUGGGCAAAUAUAUGGAGACCAUCGGGAUGCUUCUCAAAACAGUCAUAGCAAGAUAGAGCAAGUCGAUUUUAGCUGGAAUAUGUUUGCUGAUGGGAAGCUUGCGUUUUAUGACCACUAUCUCAUUGAGCAAAUCCAGUCAGGGAAAGAGUCCGAAGUUCGACAGUUUUUCUUCCUGCUUGCGGUUUGCCACACGGUCAUGGUGGAUCGCACUGAUGGCCAGCUCAACUACCAGGCGGCCUCUCCUGAUGAAGGUGCUCUAGUGAAUGCUGCCAGGAACUUUGGCUUUGCCUUCCUCGCGAGGACCCAGAACACGAUCACCAUCAGUGAGUUGGGAACUGAGAGGACCUACGAUGUUCUUGCCAUUUUGGACUUCAACAGUGACCGGAAGCGAAUGUCUAUCAUUGUGAGAACCCCAGAAGGCAAUAUCAGGCUUUAUUGUAAAGGUGCUGACACUGUGAUUUAUGAACGGUUACAUCAGAUGAAUCCAACAAAACAAGAGACACAGGAUGCCCUGGAUAUCUUUGCAAGUGAGACUCUUAGAACUCUGUGCCUUUGCUACAAGGAAAUUGAAGAAAAAGAAUAUGAAGAAUGGAAUAAAAAGUUUAUGGCUGCCAGUUUAGUCUCCACCAACCGGGAUGAAGCUCUGGAUAAAGUGUAUGAAGAGAUUGAAAAAGACUUAAUUCUAUUGGGAGCGACAGCAAUUGAAGACAAGCUCCAGGAUGGAGUCCCAGAAACCAUUUCAAAACUCGCAAAGGCUGACAUUAAGAUCUGGGUGCUUACUGGAGACAAAAAGGAAACUGCUGAAAAUAUAGGAUUUGCCUGUGAACUUCUUACUGAAGACACCACUAUCUGCUAUGGGGAAGAUAUAAAUGCUCUUCUUCACACAAGGAUGGAAAACCAGAGGAAUAGAGGUGGAGUCUAUGCAAAAUUUGUACCCCCGGUGCAUGAAACUUUUUUUCCACCUGGUGAAAACCGUGCCUUAAUAAUCAGUGGUUCUUGGUUGAAUGAAAUUCUACUGGAGAAAAAGACUAAGAGAAGUAAGAUUCUGAAGCUGAAGUUCCCAAAGACAGAAGAAGAACGACGCAUACGGACGCAGAGUAAGAGGCGUCUGGAAGCUAGAAAAGAGCAGCAACAGAAGAACUUUGUAGACCUGGCCUGUGAAUGCAGUGCAGUCAUCUGCUGCCGGGUCACCCCCAAGCAGAAGGCAAUGGUGGUGGACCUGGUGAAGAGGUACAAGAAAGCCAUCACGCUGGCGAUUGGAGAUGGGGCCAAUGAUGUAAACAUGAUCAAAACUGCCCACAUUGGUGUUGGAAUAAGUGGACAAGAAGGCAUGCAAGCUGUCAUGUCAAGUGACUACUCCUUUGCCCAGUUCAGAUACUUGCAGAGACUGUUGUUGGUGCAUGGCCGGUGGUCUUACAUAAGGAUGUGCAAGUUCCUACGAUACUUCUUUUAUAAAAACUUUGCAUUUACUUUGGUUCAUUUCUGGUAUUCCUUCUUCAAUGGGUACUCUGCACAGACGGCGUACGAAGACUGGUUCAUCACGCUGUACAACGUGCUGUACUCCAGCCUGCCCGUGCUCCUCAUGGGGCUGCUUGACCAGGAUGUGAGUGACAAACUGAGUCUCCGCUUCCCUGGGUUGUACAUAGUAGGACAAAGAGACUUACUAUUCAACUAUAAGAAGUUCUUUGUAAGCCUGGUGCAUGGAAUUUUAACAUCGAUGAUCCUCUUCUUCAUACCUCUGGGAGCUUAUCUGCAAACUGUGGGACAGGAUGGAGAGGCGCCCUCGGACUACCAAUCUUUUGCUGUGACCAUUGCUUCUGCUCUUAUAAUAACCGUCAAUUUCCAGAUUGGCUUGGAUACUUCUUAUUGGACUUUUGUGAAUGCUUUUUCAAUUUUUGGAAGCAUUGCACUUUAUUUUGGCAUAAUGUUUGACUUUCAUAGUGCUGGAAUACAUGUUCUCUUUCCAUCUGCAUUUCAAUUUACAGGCACAGCAUCAAAUGCCCUGAGGCAGCCAUACAUUUGGUUGACCAUCAUGCUGACUGUUGCGGUGUGCCUGCUGCCCGUCGUCGCCAUACGGUUCUUGUCAAUGACCAUCUGGCCGUCAGAAAGUGAUAAGAUUCAGAAGCACCGCAAGCGGCUGAAAGCCGAGGAGCAGUGGAAGCGGCGGCAGCGCGUGUUCCGCCGGGGCGUGUCUUCGCGGCGCUCCGCCUACGCCUUCUCGCACCAGCGCGGCUACGCCGACCUCAUCUCCUCCGGGCGCAGCAUCCGGAAGAAGCGCUCUCCCCUGGAUGCCAUCAUAGCCGAAGGCGCCGCCGAAUACCGGCGGACUGUGGCCAGCUGACGCACCUGCCACAACAAUCACACGCGUACGAAUGUCUAUUUUUUUAUGAAAGGCUCUCAGGACUUUUUUUUUUUUUUAAACAAAAAAACUGAAUUUGUUACGAGGAUGUUAAAGACCACAACCUUCAUCACAAGCUACUUGGGCUGCUGGACUACUACAACAGCAAAGACUGCCGUCCCAAAAGUCCUAUUAUUCAACUGCUUGUGUUCAUCAUGAUCCAAAGGGAACGUGUUAAUCCAGUCUCCAUCUAGGACAACAGAAUUAGGAAAUGUCUUAUAUUUCAAUUCAAAUGGUACUCAUUAUAAAAUCGCAUUUAGAUCAUCUUGUCUGGGAUCUUCAACACGAAUUUUCCAGGCGUUGCUUUCUUCCCCAUAGGCUAACUUUUUAACAAAGAUUUUGUAUUUAUAAUGACAAGGACAAAAAAAAAUUAAUGGAUGUUCAUCACCUGGAAGCAAAGUGGUCCAAAGACUUUUUCCAGAGUUGAUAAUGAGCUGCGUGGUUUUCUCUUCUCCUCAUAUUGGUUUAAUAGUUCAAGGAAAAUCACUUCACAUUUCAUAAGUACAAGCCUUCUAUCUGCUCAGUUUACUACCAGGUUAAAAGUGUGCAUCAUGUAUGUUUACUCUUCGCAUAUUAUUUUAGCCACUUCCUUUCCUACUUUCAUUUUUAAAAGAUGUGUUUAAAUAUUUAUGGGCUUUAAAAAAAAAGUUCUUAAAAACUAAGGACAUCAGUGAUAAAUUGUGAUUUUUUGGUAAAGCUUUCUUUUGAAAAGCAAACACUAUGCCUGCCUAUAUGUAUAAGAGACCUGAACAGAGACCUCACAUUUUCACUUGUCUAAUGUCUUCAGAGAAAAGGCUGUUGGCAGCCACAUUUCUAAGACUAACAGUGUAUCCUUCAAAAAUGGAAACUAUCCUCAAAGAGGCAAAAGUUAUUUUUCUAGAGGCUUUUCUCAUUCUGUGUUUUUCACACUCUAGUCUCCCUGUUCUAGUGAAGAUACAGAAGUGUUUUCAAUAAUUCUGUUCUUUACCAUUAGGCUGUGAAUGUUCACAAUAUCUGUCCCUUUGAAUUUCCUAUGAGAAAAUCACAACAUGUAUAUAGUUCAUAUUCUAGGUAUGAUAAAAGAAUGUAUGGCUCUUUAUCCUAUGGAAGUAAAUUUUUGGAAGUUUACAACUUUAUCUUGUAAAUAAACUAAAUUGUUUUCUUUUUUUUUGGUAAAGCAAAGUUUGCUUGUAUAAUUCUCAGUUUUCUCUCCUGUUUUAUAAAUUGUGGGAAAGGUCGACAAUGCAAAUGUGUCAAAGACUUACACUGUUGGGUGCAAUAUUAACAAUUUUAAAAUGCAAAUUGCUUUGGAUAAAUUAUUUCUGUAUUCUGUAAAUCUGAGAUUUAAUGUAUAUUUUUGUUUAAAAAAAUAAAUGCUUUAGUAAAA